CUGUCAAAGCGGCUCAAGUCAAUGGUCGUGUUAUCAAUUCGCUUAUCGAGUUUCUUUUCUAGAACUUGCACGUAUAGACCUUAUCUCAAUAACUACAGGACCAUGGCUCAAGGUUUGACUAACGAAGAGGUCGAGGCCCUCUGUGUGAAGCCUCAUGAAGGAACUAAGGACUUCAUGUUCCAACAAACCAUGUACCGCAUCAAGGAUCCCCGCAAGUCACUCCCGUUCUACACCGGCGUGCUCGGGAUGACCCUCCUCAAGAAACUGGACUUCCCUGCUAUGAAGUUCUCUCUGUACUUCAUGGGUUAUGAGAACCUGGCAGAUGUGCCGCAGGACGAGGCAAAGAGGCUGACUUGGGCUACAACGAGGAAAGCUACGCUGGAGCUGACACACAACUGGGGCACCGAGAGCGACGAUUCGAGCUACCACAACGGCAACAGUGAGCCGCGUGGCUACGGGCACAUCGGUAUAUUGGUGCCUGAUGUAGAGGCGGCCUGUGCUAAAUUCGAGGAGCAAGGAGUGAAGUUCAUCAAGCGACCGCAGGACGGGACCAUGAAAGGCCUGGCCUUCAUUCAGGACCCUGACGGCUACUGGAUCGAGAUCUUCAAGGCCAUGUAAAAAUCCUUAUGGAGCAUCCCACGAGAACGUCGCUUACGAAAUGAUUCUGUCUUGUUGUAAAUACCUCAAUCAAAUGCAUAAACAUCGAGAAUAUACUGAUAUUUGUUAACUAAGUCAUGGAAUAUUACAAUACCAAAUAUCGCUUUCUCAUUAUUUUCAGAUGUAUAAAAGAAUGGCAUUUUGUAAGCGACAUUCUCGUGAUACAUCUUUUAUUUGUAUAUACCCUUAUCAUAAUCAUGAGGAUUAUGGAUCAUAGUGGAAUUUAGAAUUAGAUAAGGAAUAUUCAGCUUAUUCC